AUGAACUCUCCGUGCCCUCUCAAUUUCAGAAUCCAGAAGAGUCCACCAAACUCGCCUCCAGCCCAGAGACGCAAUCCACCCUUGAGGGAAUCCCAUGGAGUCAAGGCGGAGGAAGCCCCAACCACUGAGCCUAGUGGCCACCAGAGAGCCUCCCAGGAAGAACAGGCUUUCGUAGCAGCCCUCUGGCCAAAUGGAGUACCUCCGGAAUUAGCUGAUUUCGAGUUUCCGAAUCUCGAACGAGAUCUCCAGACUAUCUCUCCUCCUAGGAGCCCAUACUAUCCGGAGACUGAACCAGUCUCUCGGUCACCCACUCCGGUAACUCCGGUCGCCCAAACAGGAGAGGCGCACUCCGAGGCCCCUAAACCGGUAGCCCCGGCCUUGGAUCCGGAGGCUAAACAAUUCGCCAUCCAGCCCGUAGUCAUGCUGGAAAGACUCCAGCUACCACCGCCCGCUCCACACAUCCAAGAUUACUGGGAACCCCUCGGCCCCUGGUUAUCCGAAGUGUGGGAAGUUGAGAGGAAGAAGGAGGGCUUCCUAAGAGCCCUGCAGACCUGCAGUCUCCAGCCACUGCACCACUUCGAUCAGCUUCGGUAUGUGAUCCCACCGCUGCCAACUCCAGUAGAAGGAGCCCAGCCCCCAGAGUUGGCUAACCCUCAGGACCCCGAGAUUGCCGACGACGCCCUCGCUGACGGCCCCGUGGCGCGAUCCCCCACAGAGGAAGCCCCGAUUCCUCCUUCCUCUGGAUCUCCGGGAACGGUCGUCCUCUCACGCAGUUCACGAGGUCCUUUCGCAGUUCGGCCACCUCUUCAGACUCCUCUUCCUCCGCAUCAUCCUCGACUUCCGGCUCUUCGAGCUCGCACUGGCAAACCGACGGCAGCAGCCGCGGCUCAAACUUCCAUGGAGGUGGACGGUUCUCCACACGAAACCUCCCGAGGCCCUUUAAGUGACAUCCUGCAAAUCGACUUACAAGCCGACGAGCAGGCAUCCCUAGCGGGAUCGAGCGUGAGGCAAACCAACAACUCGCCUAUUCCACCUUAUACCAAGUCCGACGCAGGGGAAACCAUGCCACCCACUUCUCCAGUGAACCAACUCACUGGCCCAACACCCUCCGCCUCUGGGUCGGCUCCACCCAGUUCUCCAGUGAUCCAACUCACUGGCCCAACACCUUCCACCUCCGGGUCGGCUUCGAAUACGCUUCCAGUGACCUCAGUCGCUGGCCAAGGUACAGUGGGACCUAGCACGCGAGUCGUCCAGGCGUCGCCAGCCGCCGCCACCAUAUCAACACCUCUGUUGGCUGACCGGGACGACAUCAGAAGGCUGCCAGAAGAUUCUCCAAGGGGCGACUCUCUAAAGGGCGAUAUCAAAAGGGGCCCCAAGAAGAAGAGGAUCUGGUGUUUCGACUGUCGCAGGCACGGACAUCCACCAAGCGACUGCCCGAAUCCCACCGGAGAAGCCUUCUGCGGGAAAUGCCCCUACAGGGUCGCCAAGAACCGACCCUGCCCCACACAUAAAACCGACUUGGCUGGGGCCGCCAUGAGUCGAUCCGCCAACAGGCCGGCCGUAAGGUCGGAGGUUUUCAAGGUAUCGCCGGCCCUUGAAUCCCCAACCGUUACCUCNCGCCAUGAGUCGAUCCGCCAAGAGGCCGGCCGUAAGGUCGGAGGUUUUCAGGGUAUCGCCGGCCCUUGA